AUGAUCUUUGGUCCCUUUGGCAAGGCCUGGCUUGCCAUAGUCAGUCACCUUUUUUUCUUUGCAGAUGUCUUGAGCGUAGUUCAAGGCUUCCCGGUUGAGUUCAAUCAUAGUGUUGCCUCGGUUGGUGUGGAAAAGCGCAAUCCGACUGCGGCCACAUGGACAUCCCCUGGAAAGUUUACUGGUGCACAGCUCACUGGCAGUGCCAAAACAUCAAUUUCUACAAUCGAAAAGGCAAUGAGCAAAGAUCGCAAGAAAAUGCUUCCUACUGAAAAAUCAUACGUUGACCUUUAUCAAUCACUUUACGGAGAAUUCAAACCUACUGAUAAAACCGCGGUCAAAAAUGCUAAGACCAAGUUGAAGUCACUGUCAAGUUUCGUGACCAAAUACAAUCAAGGCCUGUCCGGGAAUGCGUUCAAGCUGGACGUGUAUUGCGAUCAUACACAAUGGGUGACUGAUGGUACUAAGGAUAAAGCAGGAGAUUAUUGGUUCAAUUUGACUGGUGAACCACUGGCUAUAAUGACCGACAACAAGAACACGGAUAUUUGCAAAGAAGCCAACGGCGAUGAGAAUACCCUUGCUUUUAUGACCACGAGUCGAGGUAACGUCAAAGACUUCAUGACUGUGUGUCCCAGAGCCUGGAAGGCUUGGACAGGCAAAACUCUCAUUUCGAUGAAACAGGAGACUCUGAAAUCACUCCUUACCAAGUCCAUUGACGAUGUCUUGGACGCUACUCCCGAGAGUCUGUUUUUGCACGAACUAAGUCAUACAGAAUCAUACUUUAGUGCCAAAGGUAGCCUUGACGACGAAGACUUGAACAAUGGUGAAUCUGCCUAUGAAUUGGUCGCAAUCAACAAGCUUGCCAAGGAGGACAAAGACGAGACAACCAUAUCGAAAAUUCGUCCACUCAAGAACGCAGACACUUUGAUGUACAUGGUUUCUGGUCUCUACCUUAGUGAAAAGGCAAACUGGGGAGACGGUACUUGCAGAGACCCCAAGAAUGUGAACUAA